AUGCCGCCUCAAUCAGAUACUGGCCCGAUGCCUUCUAGCUCCAUCCCGCGUGGUCCUUCACUCUACGAGUCGCUCCGCAAGGGACGCAAGAGCUCUAGUGAGAGUAGACCACCGAUGGAUGACUUUUCCCAGGGCUCGUCACCUAGCUUCAUGGCCAGCACGAAGUCUUCGCGUAGCGGACAAGCACCCGUCUCAAAAUUACCACGACGAAUUCCAAAGACAGCUCCUUCUACUCAUCCUUCUAGAACUUGGGCCAAUGCUGCCAGGAAGGUUGGUAUUCGGCGCCCAUCUUUUGGCCGCAAAGACAAGGUUGAAGAAAGUUCACCUCCUUCGCUUCCGCGACCGCCGCGGCCUGUUGAUAUACCUCAUGUAGCUAGCACAGACCGGCUCUGUGGCCGAACUGUCCCUACACCGAAUUUUGCAUACAAUAAACCUUUGCCAACUGAUCCUCCUCCCUAUCCCCCUCCCGACAAACCUCUCCCAAGUGUUCCAAUUGCUGUAGUGCAUCGCGGCAAAACUCCAACUAGUCGAACACUGCUCGACGCGAGCGACAGACCGCUAAGACGUUCGCCUGGUACACCCGAUGAAUGUGACUGGCCUGCGCUUAAGCCGGAGUCUUCUCAAUCCUCCUUAGCUCACAUGGCAGGCGGUAAGGUGCAGUCACAGGUGGCAUCCUUCAGUAGCUCUACUGCUUCUGUAGCUUCUGCUGCUUCUACGAACCACAAUUUUGAGAAUGCCAAUAUCUUUCACGACUCGGGUAGCAUCAGCGAGGCUGGCAGCAGAAGCACACGUAAAGAUGGAAGUUUCAACUCCCGGGAGAGCAUGCCAAAAGAUUAUCCUCCUCCAAUCCCUCCACGUGGGCUCUACCACCGCGCCAACUUCUCGAGGUCUACGUCGCCAGAAUCAUCAAACGUUCAGGUCGGCUCGAAACAGAACUCUACAACCAACUUUAGCUUUCCAAAAAGCAGCUCGGCAAUGCAAAGCAGUACAAUUCCAGCACUACCGUCUGGUGGCCCUCUCUACCGCAAACCCAUGCCUAGUACGCAGUUGAAGAGAGGAAUACCAGUGACUGUACGGAAUCGAACGCCUACUGUCAGCACCGGAGCGAGAACAUCCUCAAUCCCGAGUCUCCGCAAGGCCUCAUCAGCAUCAUUCCGAUCGCAGAACUCUACAGGUAGUCCUUCUAAGCGCAUCAGCAGCAGCAAUGGAUAUCUCCGAGACAAGGCUCGCAUGGAUCAGCUAAAAGAAUGCUUGGAGCCUUCUACUCAAACAGCCAAUAGGCGUGGUAGUGUUUCCCAGCAACCUCUAGUACCCGUUGAGUUCACUACAAACGUACACGAUGCGUAUAUUAAUAUUGAAAAGGUCAUAUCCAGCGAUAGGUCGCACUCCAAUGUGGAAUCAUCGAGGCCUCCUGCCAAGCGUCUGGCCCGUUUAUCAACAAGCUCUACCGUCGACGGCAUCGGCGCAACCUUGACCAUCUCAGAGGAUGCUGACAGCGUCAUACUGGGAUCGGUGGCACCUGCCUUGCAACCUUCGGAGGUCUCCACAGUGCCUGAAUGCCUUCCAGACCGUCGGUCCACUGAAGACAGCCAAAACCCCUUCAGAGAUGACUCUGCGUCUAGCACCAGCUCCUCGAAUUCGACACAGCUACGUUUCAGCAUGGUCCACCCAGAACAGUGCAUGAGCAAUGCCCAAGCGAGCGCCAGCGUUUGCGAAAAUGAUCCUGUUAGGGGUCACGAAACCCGUAAGAGAUUCGUAUCUGUUGAUUUAGACUCGUUUCACUCCAACCUUCGCGUGUUUGCCCUUUCGCCACCUAGACCCGUCGCACUGUUAGAACAAGUUCGCUUACAAGAUCGUGCUAACGCCUUAUUCACGCUCGAAGGUAAAGGUAGGGCUUCUACUCCAACUGAGGAGAGUAGCUCUUCCUCUUACCCUUCUUCUUCGUACAGGUCCACGUCUCCACAUGCCAAUCUUCUCCUUGGGCAGUUUGUGGACAACCCGGUCCCAAACAAGCAUUUCGAAACCGCGACUGGACAGGGCUUGGAAUCUGAAUUAUCUCUCAUCGUCCCCGAAGAGCAACACUCCAAGAUCUCACAAUCGACUGCCCCAACUUCCUUCGCUUCUUUCAACGCCAACCAGGGCCCUUACGAUCUGCUUCAGGCCCCUCAGCCUCAAUUUCCAAUUGACAAUUCUUGCAUUAGUAACAGAUCUGUUCGAACUAUAUCGAGUGCAUCUAGCCAUGCAACUGUACACCGACGACAGGACUCAUCGACCCUUGUCCAUCAAGGACAGACGAACGCCUUUGUUCGACACCCGAUUCGCUCGACAGCCAACCAAAGCCUUCUUUCCAAAGGCUCUUUCAACAACGAUCGAGCUUCCCAUUUCUACGAUAUACCUCGGAUGGCAUCAAGCACAAGGCUUUGUGAACGCACCGCGUCAAGGUCUCCUUCAAAAGGCAUUCGUACCAAGAUGACGACCCUUCGCAAUCUGUUUCAUCACAAGCGGGACAACAAAAGUCAAGCUAAAAAUGCUGGGACCCCUCCUCAGGCUUCGACACAAACCGGUGACCGCCAACUCAUUAUCAGUUCAAGUGGUAGCCCGAUGCCCGUAGCAUUCGGACCACCAAGACUACGUGUCAACACCACAGCCGCUGGGAUGAUGUCAAUAAGUCCGAGAAGGCAGACUAUGAGCCGUCUUCCGGUCGCUAUCAGUAGCAGAAUCGUGGCGGCAGCUUUGGGGCCCAACAGAACCCUGUACUCUACGGUAAACUCAAUCAUUGAACAAGCCAGAGAGUCACCGAGUCUUGAGAACACUAAAGCUUUGGCCGUGGCGAAGGCGUUGACCGAAGUGUACGAAAACACAAAAGCUGCUGCGAAGUGCUUGGAGGAAGCUAACUUGGCAGCACAAGAGGCUAAAGCUAAUUACGAGAAGACAGAAUGUGCUGCACGUCGCAUUACCACCUUGAUUCAAAAUACAGGAGGAUUUGCCAAUCUUUUCAGCUCGGACAUGAAAUCGAAGCCUUCACGUCGAUAG